AUGGAUUUUGAUCUUGAUCUUGGUCUAGGUCUAGCCCUUCAUGAUCAAUAUUCAUAUGAGAAUUUUGAUGGCCAUAAAAAGAGAGAAAACAAGAAGAAAAUGGAGAGUAAGAAUUAUCUAUCACUUUCAUUAGGACCAUCAAAGGAUGAUGAUGAAGAAAAUACUAUAACUCAAAAUUCACUUACUUCUCCAAGUAUAGAGUCUUCAUUUUCAAACUCCAUGAACAUGAUGAAGAAGGAAAUUGGUGAUGAAUUUGAGGUAGAAAAUGAGAAGGUUCGGAUUACAAGGAUUGGAAAUGUUGAUGAAGAUGGUAAUUCAAGAAAGAAACUUAGGCUCACAAAAGAACAAUCACAAGUGUUGGAGGAAAAUUUCAGAGAGCAUUCUACUCUUAAUCAGAAGCAAAAGCAAGCAUUAGUAGAAAGGCUGAAACUACAAGCUAGGCAAGUAGAAGUGUGGUUUCAAAAUCGGAGAGCCAGGACAAAAGUGAAACAAACGGAAACAGAUUUUGAAGUACUAAAGAAGUGUUGCGAAACUCUAACAGAAGAGAACAAGAAACUGAAAAAAGAGGUGCAAGAAUUGAAGUCAAUGCAAAUAGUGGCAGCAACACCCUCCUUUUAUAUGCAGAUUCCAGCAGCAACACUAACUAUGUGUCCUUUGUGUGGUAACAACAAGAAUGGUUCAAAGGCUCGAUAA